UAUUCACCAAGAACACGAUCCAAACCAUUUAUUAGUUGUGCUACGAUUUGGAGAAUUUCUACCUCAAGAUGCAAGGAAAUGCUAGCAAAAAGACAGCGCUGGAGCAGUUGGGGGUCUCCUUCGCCAAGCCCAAGUAUCCCUCUCAUUCCGUCCUAGCAAAAAGAGUCUCGACAUUUUCUACGUGGAACCAUCACCAGCCUGCAGACACAAUGGCUAAAGCUGGCUUUUUCUACACGGGCAAUGGCGACAAUGUUCGUUGUUUUUUCUGCGGAAAUGGUCUGGAGAACUGGGAGAGAGAAGAUGACCCCUGGGUCGAGCAUGCCCACUGGUUCCCAGAAUGUGUCUUCCUCAUCCAAUGUAAAGGGAAAAGUUUUGUUCUAGAAGUUCAACAAAUCGUAGCACAACGACAAUGCCAACAGGAUCGGGUACCAGAAUUAGGAAGUCUCAGCCAAUACAAUCAAGAGAGGGGCGUAGUUAGUGCCCCUAGCUCUCCCGACUGUUCUCUACAAAGUUUAGCCGCCAUCACGGCAUUACAAAUGGGAUAUUCCGAGGUAAUGGUCAAAAAAGCCAUUCGGGAUUGGAACUCCCGCUAUGGUUCAGCGAGUUUCUCUGUAUCAGACAUUGUGAAUUUGAUUCUAGAUUACCAAGACCAAGGAUACGGUUCGCUGGAGGAUCUAGAGCAGGAGGAAAGUAGUUCUGUGAGUGACAAUCGGACGGAAACGACUAAUAUAAAUGGUAUCGAAAACAAUAGGACUAAACAUAACACAAAUUCUGAUGAUUUAACGCAGACUGAUAGGACAUUACCACCAUUAACUAAUGAUAAAAAAGAUAGCGAAGAUAAAAGUAGUUGUGACUCCGGGUAUGAUUCUGAUAGUGAAAAUGAAAGUGAAAGAACAGGUGAUUCUAAUCUGAAUUUGGAAAAGGAAACUGAAAAACUUAGAGCCGAAAACAAAGAACUAAGAGAUACGCUUAUUUGUAAAGUUUGUAUGGACGACACGGUUAGUGUAAUAUUUCUGCCAUGCACACACAUGGUGACAUGUGCUCAGUGUUUUCCCGCCAUGAAACAGUGCCCCGUAUGUAGGUCAGAUGUCAAGGCAAUUGUCAAAGCUUAUUUGGUUUGAUAUAUAUAUUGAUUUUAUAUAUCUAAAAGGGAGACUUUAAAGCUGUUUAUAUGAGCAAAUUACUUUGUUCCCUCCUUAAAAGUUCUGUAAAAAGUCAAUUUUUAUUAAUACAUAUCUGGAAAUUAACGGCAUUAUUAAUGAGUUGAGAUGGACACAUUUUAAAUUUUUUAUUUGUUUGUUUCAUUGUUUUUUUGUGUGUGUGUCCAAUUUUUUUUAAAAAGAAAAUUUAGAAAUCUUAAUUAUCAAAUUACCUCGCUGUAGAUAAUACAAUUUUUAAAAAAAAUUCAAAACAUACAGUAUUUCUUUAAGUAUAAUGUGUAAACUAGUGUUUUAUACUAUAUACAUGUAUAAGCAGUCUUCAAAUAAUGAAAUCUGAUUAUAUUUUAUUAUGCAAAAUACAAAUCUAAAAAAAUAA